AUGACUUCUCUAGGGGCCCCCAGGGCGAAGCAGCAGCAGAUUACUUCUCUGGCUGCAGCAGCAGCAUCUCUCUGCUGCUGGAGGGGGGGGCCCCCCAGGGGGGCCCCCAGGGGGGCCCCCCUGGGGGCCCCCCUCCCCGCAGCAGCACAGGAGAUAGUGGUCUUACUGCAGCAGCAGCAGCAGCAGCAGCAGCAGCAGCUAAACAACAACGCCAUCCAAGCCAUCAGCAGCAGCAGCAGCAGCAGCAGCAGCACCAUGCUGCUGCUGCUGCUGCUGCUGGUGGUUCUAUGGACUCUGAGACAACGCCGCAAGGAGCAGCAGCAGCAGCAGCAGCAGGAGCAGCAGCAGCAGCAGCAGCAGCAGCAGCAGGAGAUAAGCGUCUAG